UGGCCCAAAUACUCUGUGUUGCCUCUUUAUAAGCUCAGUUGGAGCUAUUGUGAAGAGAUACCAUGAUCUUCACUUCCACAGCUGUGCUCUGUCUGGGACUGACUCUGGGACUCAGGUCUCUAGUGCUGGCAGGAGAUCCCUACAGCAAACCUAGAUUGUCAGUCUUGGACAGUUCCAUUGUGAAUGCAGGAGAGAAUGUGACCUUUCAAUGUAUUUCAUGGCAGAAAUAUGAUGUGUUUAUUCUGACCAAGGAAGGAGAACCCAAGUUCUCCAGAACCCUGGACUCACAGUAUAUUUUCACUGGGCAUUUGCAAGCAAUUUUUUCUGUGGGUCCUAUGACCCCCAGUAACAGUGGGACAUUCAGAUGUUAUGGCUACUACAAAAGAAAUCCACAGAAGUGGUCCAUGCCCAGUGACCCUCUGGAAAUACACGUAUCAGGUGAGGCAACCCCAUCAAUGACUCAAUCAAUUGCUCAAACCCUAAACUAUAUGCCAUGAGCUCUGCUGUCAAGACUAUGGGUAGCUAAGUGCUGGUUCUGGCUCUGAAAUUAGACUCUCAGAGUGUGAAAGACAGUAACAUUCCCAGGACAGAGUGGGGGGUGGCAGAUUGUUUGGCAGUUAUCAACUCAAUCCUCACGUCAUAUUCCCUCCAGUGCUUGCUAUGAAUCACUGUCACCUAUGAGAACCUGACCUUUCUGGAUUCCUUGGUCAUUUUCUAUGAUGGAACUGUUCUGUCCCAUGAAGUGGCAUGUGGGUUCAGCUGCCAAUUUGUAGGCUGAUUCCCCUCAACCUUUUUAAUCUGCCUAUAGGGAACUGUGACAAGAGCUCAGGUUCACAUGACUUUUUCCGCAUGUAGUCAACUCAAGUGACCCACUGGAAUUCCUGAUUGCAGCCAAAGAGCUCACCAGGUUCAUCCAGGUACCCAAAUCCUGCACAUACUCUGUGGAGAGAGACAAAGAGGUGACAGCUGUGGUAAGGGAUAGGACUCUCAGGGAGCUGGAGAGAUGAAGAUAUGGGAGGGGGUGAAAUGAAAAGGUCAGAGAAAAAUAAAUAGAGAGAAAGUCUUCAGACUUCAGCCAUUGUUAGGUCUCAGGUCAGAAC